AUGUCAGCCGCUGAAAUCGACACUCUGUGGCGCUCCGCCUUUGGCGAAUCAGCUAUCCGACCUCUGCCCUACAGUUCGGAAGAGCUGGGCGACGAUGGAUGGCGACCACUGACAGAUCCGCAAAACUUCAUCAUGAAUCUGGCCAAUCUCAAUCAUCAACAACUCUACGCAGCAAGUGCCAAUAAUCAGCUCGCCAUGAUCGAUGCCCAGAAUGAAUACCUGGAGCUCGAGCGCCACAUGGCCAACAUCAAGGGCAAGGAAACCAUCAAAAAUCCGCAAGAUUUCCCAGCCCCAGAUGUCUUUGAGGAGCGGAAAGAAGCUGCGUUGUACGGCUACAAGUAUGAUGCUAAUCGCCCAGCGCUUCUUCAUGCCGGCAUCCCUGGUCUCAGAUCCGCCGAUGAUCUGACCGAGAGAGAGAAACAUGACGUGCGCUUGUUUCAGGAGCCCUUCGAGCAAGGGGGCUUUGUGCCCAAGGAGAGAGAGUACAGAGCCAAAGUUGCCAAAGCCAAAGAUCCGAAGAACGUCGACGGGUGGAUCCCCAUCGACAAAGACGGCAAGCGGCUCAUCCCACGUCAACAGACUCAUCAUGAAGAAUACAACAUCACAUAUGUUAAGCGCAAUGUGGAUGAAAAUGGUGAGAUCAUUCGACCUCAGUCUCCCGAAAGCAGCGAAGUCCCCGGAGAAACUCCAGACAAGGCUGUCAACAAACGUUUGACCAGAACACGGUUUGAUGGCAAGAAGUUCCCACCCACACGAGACGUGUCGGAGGCUCCGUCGGCAGCUUCCACCCCCGGCAAAAAGCGCGCGAGCCCCCCAGGAGCCGACACUCGAGAAGAUACGCCUAAUUCUAAACGCCGCAAGAUCCUUCUCACCGUAAAUGGGGAACAGCCCAAGCCCAAGCACCCCAAUCAAUAUACCAAAGCAAAGGAAAGAGAGAUGGCAGCCACUCAUACCACUCCCGCUCAGGCCAGUGCCAAACCUGUAACCUCGUCGUCAUCAUCAUCGUCGAAGCCCACAUGGCGGGAGCUGUCGCCAAUGUCUAGACGCACGCACAAGUGGACAGAUCCGGAGUUGAUCGAGUCGAUCAAAGAAGACCACACGUGGCUGCAUGAUGACCCCAAGAGGGCGGAAGAAUGGAAACACAAGUUGCUGAACGGCAUCAAUCCCGUCCGAAGCCUCAGCAUGUUACUGAAAUGGAACUAUUGGCAAGUGACCAACCAAGCGAAGAGACCGCGGGCGAAGAAGAACCCAGCCGAGCAAGACGAUUCAGUCAAGGAAAUUGAGGAUUCCAGCGAGUCUCAAAAGCCGAGACGAAGGGUCGCCAAGCCGAAAAAGGCGGAUGGAAGUGGGAGGUCGACACCAGCCACGACGCCGGCGCCAGACUUUGUCAACGGCGUGGCAGCACAGGCUCCGAAACCUGGGCUGAACACACGAGCAGCGAAGUCCUCCAGGAGACCGGCCGGUGCGGACGGUGCCGAAUUCAGAGACAAGAUUUUCGUGCAAGACAAGCGCAAUGGGACAAGCGGUGCAAAGCAACCAGGCACAGAGACGGAACCACCAUCGAGAGGAGACGACGAGGUAGCAAUGGACAGAAAUGGCAAAGAUCUCAAUGGCAAAGAACCAUCGCACAGAAGGCCAAGCAUGAAGAGAGAGGAGAGCGAUUCGACGAUUGUGAUCAACAGCAAGAGUAGCGCACCGUCGACGAGGCGAUCGCUACGGAGUGCAAGGAGAUCCAGUGGUUAA